AUGGACCUAUUCUCCGCCGCCUGCGAGAACUUUGGGCUGGUCAUUAACACGCAGAAGACGGUGGUGAUGCACCAACCGCCGCCCAACUCAGCCACAGCCCCCAACGCGCCGCCGCAAAUCAGCGUGAACGGAAAUCAACUGCAAGAUGUAGAGAACUUCCCGUAUCUGGGCAGUACCCUCUCCCACAACACCAAGAUUGAUGACGAAGUCGCCAACAGGAUCUCGAAAGCCAGUCAAGCCUUCGGUCGUCUCCGAAGCACAGUUUGGAAUCGCCACGGUCUCCAACUGAGCACGAAGCUGAAGAUGUACAAGGCCGUCAUCCUGCCGACGUUACUGUACGGAGCAGAGACAUGGACGGUGUACACGAGACAGGCACGCCGACUGAACCACUUCCACCUCAGUUGUCUCCGUCGCAUCCUGAGGCUGAACUGGCAGGACCGAAUCCCCGACACGGAAGUACUGGAACGAACGGGAAUCCUCAGCAUCUACGCCAUACUGAAACAAAUGCAGCUGCGCUGGAGCGGCCACCUGGUGCGCAUGGACGACGAGCGACUACCCAAACGACUCUUCUACGGAGACGUCGCGACGGGUUCUCGUCGUCAAGGAGGCCAAAUUCGCCGUUACAAGGAUACUCUGAAGUCCUCCCUGAAGCGCCUGCAAAUCAACCCGACCAACUGGGAAGAGCUCGCUCGCGAUCGUCCGACAUGGAGGAGAACAGUGAAGACGGGCGCUGCUAUCUAUGAAGCCAACCGAAUCGCCGCCGCCAAAGUGAAACGCGAAGCCCGCAAAUCACAACUUCGCCCAGUCCGCAACGCCGCCGCACAACCGCUCCCAAAGUGUCCUCGAUGGCAACGGACAUUCCGGGCACGAAUCGGACUUGUUGGACAUCUCCGAACCAACUGCACCUCUCGAACUGCUCCAGCCAUCGUCCCCCCGCCCGCCUCUUCCUCGUCCUCUCUUCCGCCAACUAACUCUGACACUCCUUCUGCACCACCAAUUCCAUCCUCCUCGUCCUCGUCGUCCUCCUCCCUCUCCACUGCCCCAGCGGCGGCCGUUCAGACUGCUGUCUCACACAUCACCAACACCAACACACCAACCAACAUCACCUCUCCCGAUUCCAGUGAUGAGGAUCAGGACUACACCUGCCCUCACUGUGACCGCACCUUCACCUCACACAUCGGCCUGGUCGGUCACUUGCGAAUCCAUCGCACAGAGACUGGCGAACCAGUGCCUGGAGCACCAACCUACACCCACCGCACUCGCCUCCACUGCCCACAAUGCCCUCGCACCUUCACUCAUCGCAUGGGUCUAUUCGGCCACAUGCGCAUCCACCAGAGCGGAAUUGACCGCAGCCUUGACACAUCCACCCCGCCGAGCCCCACUCCCAAUCCACCACCUUGUGCACCCCCUAACCACUCCCCAACCGACAUCGACGCCACCGACCUUACCACCCCUCACUCCCCCCCCUUCCUCCUCCACUUCCUCCAUCACUGCCACAACGACGGCCGCUUCGGCGUCUGUCGCCCACGACUUCACCACAGCCGAACCUGA